GCGUUUCUCCCGUGUGGAAAUAUCAUUCUCCAGUUCACGACCGGCCAAAGCACAACGAGCGAUUUUCCUCUUCAAUUCCAAACGAAUUUGCAUCCACGAAAACCCAACACAACACAUAAAAAAAUAUGGAAGAUUUACCGCCAGAACAAAUCUCAGUGCUCAGAAAAGCGUUCGACGCUUUCGACCGUGAAAGGUCAGGCAGUAUACCCACCGACAUGGUUGCCGACAUUCUGCGACUCAUGGGACAGCCGUUCAACAAGAAGAUCCUCGAUGAACUCAUCGAAGAAGUCGAUGCAGACAAAUCCGGACGUUUGGAGUUUGACGAAUUCGUGACAUUGGCUGCCAAAUUCAUUGUCGAAGAAGACGACGAAGCCAUGCAAAAAGAACUCCGAGAAGCCUUCAGGUUGUACGACAAAGAAGGCAACGGUUACAUCCCCACGUCGUGUCUGAAAGAAAUCCUCAGGGAACUCGACGACCAGCUGACUAACGAAGAGUUGGACAUGAUGAUCGACGAAAUCGACUCUGACGGUUCAGGAACGGUAGACUUUGACGAAUUCAUGGAAAUGAUGACCGGAGAAUAAGCAAAACCCUAUACUAUAAUUAUUAAGCUGGCUGGAAUUGUCCCAGAAAUGGAUUUGUCCGCUUAACCGUUCAGAACAUGUUAUUUAUUUUGUAUACAUCGUCAUAUCUAUGUUUUUGUUAUAAUUAAUGUAAACCAAACAACCAUUUUAUAGUAUAAAAUACGCCAAACAAAACCCGACGGAUAUACCGUUGUGUUUAAACUAAAUACAAAAAUUGUACUAUGCCAUUAUUAUUAUCGAACUGCUGAAAAUAUUUUCGUCGAGCGGACAUCGCUUGUUAAUUAUUGUAAUGAAAACAUAAUUUAUUAUUUACUAUAAAAAUAAACCUUAAUCAAUUUAUUGUUGUA